AUGUGGAUCGCCGACGGGGCCGUGGCGGUGGUGGUGGUGGACAUCACUUUCACCGCGCUGGCCUUCAUUACUGUGUGUUUCCGACUGUUUACAAGGGUGGUUCUGGUCAAAAAUGUUGGGUCGGAUGAUUACUAUAUUGUUGGAUCGAUGGUAUCGUCGAUCGCUUAUCUUACCGUGGUGAUGAUGCAGAUCAAAGCCGGACUAGGGAGACAUCUCACGAGUGAAGAUGAAGCAGUCGGGUUCCUAUACGCCCUAUGGGCAACCAUCUGGAUCUACUCCCUCGCCCUCAUGUUCGUCAAGAUAUCCAUCACCGUCCAAUGCUACCGCGUCUUCCGCACUCCACGCAUGCAAAAGUUCUUCAGAAUCUACUUCGUCCUCGUCGCCAUCUACGGUCUCUGGUCCGUCUUGGGCACUUUUUUUACUUGCUGGCCCAUCAACCUCUGGUGGGAGAUGGUCCGGCGCGAGGGGCGUCCGGAGGGAUUCUGCAUGGAUAAGAACAUAAUCACUUUUGCCAAUGCGGGCAUCAACAUCGCUUCUGAUCUGGUCCUGGCUAUUAUUCCCAUCCCGUUGCUGUGGAAGCUGCAGAUUCCAAAGAAGCAGAAGUUCAUUCUGACGAGUCUGUUUGGGUUGGGCAUGUUUGCCAGUGUCAUGAGUAUUGUGAGACUGUCCUCGUUGCAGCAGAUUGCGGUGGCGCCUCCUGAGGAGCAGUCGGUAAUGGGCGUCUCCAUAGCCAUCUGGUCCUGCAUCGAAGUCAACAUCGCCAUCAUGUGCGCCUCCGCUCCGGCCCUCAAGCCACUAGUACAGAAAGUCUUCCCCAAGAUGCUCCUCUCCGAUCUGUACGCCAAAACAAGGGGCGCUUACCACGCUUCCAAAUCCAAGUUCGGCGGUGGCGGCGGCGGACUCGGCGGUAGUGGCAAACAUGGAGGAGACGGUAAAUCAGGAUCAACAUCCGAGCAUUCCGGCAUACGAACCCAUACAAGAUCAGCCCACAGUAUCGGCGGCAGCGCCAUGCGCUCCGGUAACCACUGCCGACCGGGUGAGAUCCAGGUUGAGCACGAGAUUGAGAUGAAGAGUGUGCCGAUUAGUGAGGUGUUGGGCGAGGGUCAUGGAGUGCAUGGGCAUGGGAGCAACAUGAACGGCAUGAACGGCAUGAACGGCAUGAACGGAGGACUAGGCUCAGAGGAAGACAUUGGAGGGGGUAUCGCGGGGAGGAUUAGUCCAGCGGGGAGUGAGAGGAAUCUGGUGUGGCAGGAAAAUGAUGCAGUGCCGUUCUAUGGGACGGGACAGGCGCAGGGUAUGAUAGGGCAGGGGAAGAAGGUGACUACUCUUACGACUUGUGAGGCGACGAGUAGGCAGGAGGCGAGGGAGAGGGAGCCUAGGGAGAUGGUUUGA